AUGAAAUUAAAGGAAUUAGAAAGCAUCUUGCAAGACUGUCAAGUGUUUGAGGAGCCCAAGAUCCAGUAUGAGCAAUAUCCUACGACACCUCAUUUAGCAGCUCGAAUGCUUUAUACAGCCGAUACCGUCUAUAACGACAUUGAAGACAGAGCAAUAGCAGAUUUUGGUAGUGGAUGCGGUAUUUUAGGUAUAGCAGCCAAUAUAUUAGGCGCAGGAUCUGUGGCCGGAUUCGACAUUGAUCCAGAUGCCAUCAAGAUUGCUCUACAGAAUUGCAACGAAUUUGAAGUCGAAGUGGAUUAUGUCAAUGUCGAUCUAUGUACAGCCAAUUUAGAAGGAUUGAAAGGGAAAAUAGAUACGGUCAUUAUGAACCCGCCAUUUGGAACAAAGAAUAACAAGGGAAUCGAUAUGUUACUGUUAAAAAAGGCUAUAGACGUAGCCACUACUUCCGUCUACUCUCUGCAUAAAACAUCGACGAGAGAGCAUAUAGAAAAGAAGGCGAAAGAAUGGGGUGUCACUGUAGAAGUGGUCGCUGCGAUGAAGUUCGAUGUGCCCAUGAUGUAUAAAUUUCACAAAAAAAAGAACGUUGAAAUUCAAGUGGAUUUUCUUCGAUUUGAAAAAGCUUGA